AUGGCUACAAGGAAUCAAAGGGCGUGUUUGCUGUGCGGAAUAGUGCAGGCAUCUAGCGUGUUCAGGAACGAGGGAUGUCCCAACUGCGAGUCGGUUCUGAGGAUAUCCACGUCUGAGGAUGGAGUCAGAGACUGCACAUCACCUUCAUUUGAGGGUCUGGUUGCGGUGGGAAAUCCGGGCGAAUCGUGGGUAGCAAAAUGGUUGCGUAUAGAAACGUUUACCCCAGGGUUGUACGCUGUUAAGGUCAAUGGCAAGCUUCCUAGUGACAUCGUUUCGGAUCUGUAUACUCAGAACAUUGUGUAUAGACCGAGAGAUGGCAGCGUGGCAGAUUAA